GCCAUGCGACACAAGUUGUGCUUUAGCUCUGUGAAAUACCUUCUGAACAUGGCGGCAACUACAACAUCACUUUCAAGCGCUCACAUAAAUCGGGACUGAUAGCUGAAAGUAGGAAAGAGAACUGAAUUAUAACCACGAUGGGAAUUUAUCGGGUUCGGACGUUAUUGGUGCUGGCGGUCUCGUUGUGUGUGUUGUGGAUGAAUAUUAACUCUGCUCACGGUCGACCGGAACAGAAGGGUGGAGUAGCUUUGAAGAAGGUGCUGAAGCCGUGCGUUGAUCAAGUUCAACCUGCAUUACAAAAGGAAUCCAAUCACAGUGAACCAGUCGUUAGCACACCUUGUGAUCCAGGUGAUGUCCCUCCAGUGAAAGGCGUACCUGAGAAACUUCCUGUGACACUGGCAACAAAACUAGACACCAUCACCGAUGAUUAUAGCAAUGAGUCUUCCUUCACGGAGAAAUCUCUCAAGCACGAGCAGAAAGAAGAUCUGUCCGGAGGCACGACUGGACUCAACUCAGACGAGGUACUUCGCUCGGAAUUGGAAGAAGAAGUGGAGGCUGUGGACUCCUUAGCACCACGCGCACCGCACCCUGAGAAGGAUGCUGGCGCUGAUAGCUCGGUGACAACAGAGGCUACUUUACGCAAGCCCGGUCAAGAUAUCGCGACAAACAAGCACAUUCCAGAUGAGAAGAAGUCCGAGCUGUUUAUCGAUUCUGGCAUCUUUCCCUUUAUUGCCAUGGGUGUGUUGUCAGCGCUGUUUAUUACCAUGAUGAUCGCUGCCUUGUACUUUGCCCGCCAUUCAUCUGACAUCCAGCAUCAUCACAGGCAAAUAAGUAUGAAGCCACUGGGACUCGGACCAGUAGGUCUACCCACCUCACGUAAUUCUGGCUCAGCUUUUCACACCGUGACCUUUCGAAACGCACAAGAUGGUGUCAUAGGUGAUUUUGCAGUGAAUAUGUUCGCUGUCCAUCAAGAUGCGCGGGAAGAAGCUAGCCGAGAACUAACCAAUAUGUCAGAAUCCACACUGCUAGCAACACCAAGCGACACCGCUGUUUCAAAAGCCGCCCCAGAACCAGCAACGCACGAGGCGGUACGAAGCACCACAACUCUCCUACAUCGUGAUCUGCCUGACGUCGUCAGCACCCCGUCCUCGCGUAGAGAAACCAUGUCCAAUAAUAGACACUCCACUGGAAGCAGUCUGUACAUGGAACUCAUAAACAUGUGCCGAAAUACUCGACUUAUUGAGGAACUGGCGCUUAGGAGAAAGAACAUUAGGAUGCAAGAUGCCUCGCAACCAGAGAAUGAUGAAAUGUUCUCAUCUGACACCGACUCUAAGAGUGGGAAGCUAGUUGUACGCCGUCAAGUUUCUUUAGACUCGGGGCGGUGUCGUAACACCGUACCAUUGCCAAGUACUUAUGAGUCUCACUACUUUAAGUUGUAUGAUGGAGAUGAUGAUGAUUCAUCGGCCCUUGCUUCAGCCUCAGCUUCAGCUAACACCACGAUGGAUGCUGUCCCCUUCUCGAGUGAUGAGGGUUGUAGCAGUACACUGAAUAGCCUUCAUCGGAAAGGAUCUUCCAAGAGAAACUCGCGGUUACUUGACGAGUCACGCCAGCUGCUUCCUGUGCAAGAGUUCUUCAAUGAGGCAAUGAUGGAUAGUUCAGACGGUGGUGAUGUUCUGUAUGAGACUAUUGAUGAGAUGGGAUACCGCAGACGUACGGCAUCCUCACAGGCGAUCCGCCGUCUGAUGGAGGCCCGGGAGAGCGCAGGACACGCCGGGGAGACGAUUGUGGUCGAAAACGCCUGGGAAUCCUCACCGAAGAAAUAUGACAAGAUUGAUCGCAGUAUCACAGCUUACAAGAAACACAUAGCUGUUGACAAAGAUUACAACACAUUGAUGGUCUAAUGUUGCCCAUAAUGAUUGUGCAACAAGGAGAUAUCCAUAUGUACAAAAUUCGUUUGACUUCAUAGAACCAUUGUAGAAUUAAAAUGCCAUUUCCAAUUCUAGUGAAUUUACGUCCUGUACAUUAGGUUUCUGAAGAGAUUCUUUCAGCUAUAGCGUGUUACGAUCCACUUGGGGGUUAAUCGCUUAUACGUUUUUGCCAAAAAUCAAUUUAGAAAAGGGGACCCAACUUUGCUCACUCCUAACCCCUAAAACCUUGGACCUGCUGUGUAACACCUUGGACCUGCUGUGUAACACCUUGGACCCGCUGUGUAACAUUUAUUUAGAGUAUAGUUUUCCAAGAUAUACUCAACAUUUUUGUAGGAAUAGCGACUGUGUUGCUAUUAAUUUAUUUCAACUGAGACAGAGAUGCUUGCAAGAUUAAAAUGUUGUUACAAUCCUUUGCUCAGAUAGCCCGGAUUAAUAUACAGAACAACUACAUGUAUAGGCAAGUCCCUAAAUUACAUCAAACCUGGGUUCCAUUUGUUGAUACAUACUGCCUACCAGAGUUAAUUGUAUCUCAUAAGUGUCAACUUUUUUUACAUUUUCAGUAUUUACAAGCGAUGUCGAGACUCUGAUAUAAUCGCUCGAGUAUUCGGACAGUUUACUAAAGUGCAUGAAAGGAAAUCAAUCGCAAACACCUGUUCCCAACACGUCCCUUAAUUGCUGGUUUUCAUGUUUCCUUAAGCCUUCUGUUUUAAAUUCUUAAUGAAAUAAUGUGCAAACGAAUGGUGCUACAUUUGGUCGACUCACUGAACAAAAUGAAAGCUUGGAAAACUUCGUCAAACCGUGAUGUUGAUUUUCAGUCUGUUUUGAAUUUUUUUAUGCUGCACUCAUGUUUUAACAAAACUUCCCGCAAACUACAAUUUCCAUUUGUCAUUUGUCAACUUAAAUUCAAUAAGUAAGUUAAAACGCACAUGGACUCGCUACUAUUGACCUGGCCAAAAUUAAAGAUUCGUUAUUCUUUGAUAUACGUUAAUCGUAUGUCUACAGUUUUAUCAAGAUCGUCUCAUAUUAUUAAGUUGACACAAAAUGCAAGUUAUGUAUUCAACUGCACAUGCGCACAAAGGCAUCUAAUGGUCACAAAUGAAAAAACCAUGGGAUAGCGAAGAUCAAUUGUGUGUGAUUUCGCACAUGCCAAACCAACGACAUAGGGAAAACAUUUCGAUCUCAAGAACUCACAAAAUUCUGAAAAGGUGUACAAUUUUUUCCUUUGAUUUCAUUUAAAAAAAAUUACUUAGUACUUUUUGCCCUUGGAUUGAACAUACACUUCAGAUUCAUGGCCGUAGACUUGACUUUUUUACCCAUUUAUCUCGAAUGUUUAUCCCCAAGAACAAAAUCUAAAAUUGUGAAGUGUGCAUGCGCAGAGGGAAGACCGAAAUGGCUCAUAUCGUAAGCAUACGAAAGGUUACAAGUUAACAUUACAUUCCUGUAUAAAUUAUGGUAAUGUUUGGAGCGUUUAAAAUAAUUACUGUCUUUGUAUAUGAAGUCAACAAAUUUAAUCGUUUUAUUAUUUUUAUGUAAAACUUUAAUUUGAUAAAUGUUCAAAUUUCGAUAUAUACAUCAUUUAUUUGAAGAAUAUUCAUUGGUGAAAAAGUUGACUAUUCUGGUAGCAUCAAACGUAUUUCCAGUGCUUAAUAUUGAAUUGGUACGAUUAUCUGAAAGGAAUGUUAACGACAUUUUUGUCAAGAAUUUUACCAAAAAGCUACAAUUAGAUCUCAAAACGAGAGACAGUGCCGGCAUAAAUUUCUCUAGUCAUCCAUUUUCUAUAAAAAAAAAACUCACAAAUGUACAAAUUACGGAUGAAACUAGAAUAUCAACUUCUGUGGAACACAAAUCCAUCGAAUAGGUGAAAAAAUGUCAGUCAAUUCAAUGAAAGAACCCAAUUAUUUCUUAUUACAAGCUCUACUUCAAUCUUUCCCGGUUAUUCAAAUUAAAACCAAACAAGUGCUACAUGAUAUAUCCGUUUAAUUUUAAAUGACAGCACACCAAACUGAAUUAUGUCAAGUUGGUCUUCAGUACUAACUGAGACUUUACGUCAAGUUUAAGAACAUUAUACAAUGUCUGAAAAUCCACACCCAUUUUGCAUUAUUAUUUUACAAUAAAACAAUGUCCUAACGUGGGUAAGAAAUUAAAAGUAACAUCUGUCUGUUGUCUAAAAUAA